CCUCGUCCUCCUCGCUCCAGCAACAAGAACAUAUCCACCCGAACGCCACAGCAGCGGAGAGGCUCGAUUGCCAGAUCAACAGCCCCGGACAUCGCCACUCGAAUUCACGAGGACAUCUCUCGCAAUCUCUACGAGUGCGCAAUAUGCACAAACGAAAUCGGUCGAUCCUCGAAAAUCUGGUCCUGUCGGACGUGUUGGACAGUAUUCCAUAUUGGCUGCAUUAAGAGAUGGUCCAAAAAUGAGGGCUCAGCUGUUCCUCGCUCUGCAGGCCAAAGUGAUGAAGAGACGCAGGGAGGAAAGCAGUGGAGAUGUCCCGGUUGCAACCUACCAAAGGAAACUUUCCCA